CUGUGAAGACUUUUGUGAUCUUUUGUUAGUUUAUUGUGCACUGCCUCUUUAUCGCGGAGGAAUCGAACUGUGGUGUGUUUAGGUCAGAUCAUGCAAUAUACGUGUUGGUCCAAGGUCCAUAACGGUAAGCUAUUCACCCUUUUUACAACAUGGCGGACGAUGGUGGUGGGCGCCACGAAGAAUCCAGGUCGUGGCUCGGCAGCUGGUUCAGAUGGUGCCCGACAUCUCCACAACUUCUUGCUGAUGCUGAAACUCGAGUAUUGAAAUAUGUCAAGUCGAGAUUGGAGAGAUUCUACGUUCCAAUUCCUAACGGCGGACGGAUUUGGACCCUCAAAUUGGAUCCCCAAAAGCCGAACACACUUCCCAUUGUCAUGGUUCACGGGUUUGGAGGCGCAGCAGGGCUCUUCUUUUUAAACUUGGAUGCCCUCGCUGAGCACCGAGCUGUCUACGCGUUCGACGUACUUGGCUUUGGGCGAAGUUCUCGGCACAAUUUUAGCACAAACGCAACCAUCGCGGAAGAGGAAUUCGUGGAUUCCAUCGAGGAGUGGAGGAAAGGUGUCGGACUGGAAGAGUUUAUCCUACUGGGACAGAGUUUUGGCGGUUUUCUGGCGGCCUCCUACGCUAUCAAACAUCCCAGCAGAGUCAAGCACCUGGUACUGACCGAGCCCUGGGGGUUUCCAGAAAAAACAGAGCAAGCUGCUGAGGAACUGCAAGCUCGGCUGCCUUUCUGGAUAAAGAUCAUUGGUCCAUUACUUCAAUAUUUCAACUUCAUGGCAUUAUUUAGAGGUGCAGGGCCAUUGGGUCCACAGCUUGUGCGUUGGAUAAGGCAAGAUAUCAGAACCGUGUUUGCCGAUGGGUUUCAGGACAGCACUGUGGUUGACUACAGUUAUCACCGCUUAGCACAACCCCCAAGCGCGGAGAUAGCGUUUGGAUACAUAAGACAAAGUGAAGGUUUGGAAUGGGCCAAGAACCCCAUGCUUCCUCGCAUGACCAGCUUGGACCCGAAUGUACCAAUCACAUUCAUCUAUGGUGUAGACUCAUGGAUGGACAGCAGGACAGGAGAAAAGACAGCAAUUCUACGGAAAGAUUCAUAUGUCGACAUCAUUUACAUUCAGAACGCAGGGCAUCAGAUGUUCGCACAACAGCACGCUCAAUUCAACAUGGAGUUAGUGAGGGUAUGCAACAAUGCUGACAGGGCUCAGUAAUUGUCAGUAUUUCCAUUGCAACAU